CCCCCGUUCUUUUUUUUUUCCACUCACCAGAUUCUCUCCCUCUUCCCGGCGACCUCUUCCGACCGCCGUCUGGCGUUUUCACGGUCGCUCCGCUUUCUCAGUUCACAAUUACAAGUUUAUGUGCUACGAACGUUAAAUAUGCGUUCACUUUCGAGCUGAAUCCAUCAAAAGCUCCUAGAGUUCACAUGUGUUGAAGUUUUACGACUCCCGCUUGUUAUGACGCUAUUGCUGACACAACAUGACUGGAAAAUUUUGCUCAGCCGUUCAGUUUGAGUGAAUUUGGUCGAGCCAAGUGAUGAUAUACACUGCAAUUGACAAUUUCUACCUAACCGAUGAGCAACUGGGGAACUCACCUUCAAGAAAAGAUGGGAUAGAUGAAAGCACUGAAAAUACGCUGAGGAUCUAUGGAUGCGAUCUCAUCCAGGAAGGCGGAAUAUUGCUCAGACUACCUCAAGCAGUUAUGGCUACUGGACAGGUUCUAUUCCACCGUUUCUACUGCAAGAAGUCCCUCCUUAAGUUUGAUGUUAAAAUAGUUGCUGCUAGCUGUGUAUGGCUCGCAUCAAAAUUGGAGGAAAACCCUAGGAAAGCAAGGCAGGUCAUCAUUGUCUUUCACAGGAUGGAGUGCCGGAGGGAGAAUUUACCAAUAGAGCAUCUGGAUUUGUAUUCAAAGAAAUUUUCAGAGUUGAAGGUCGAGUUGAGCAGAACUGAGAGACACAUACUGAAAGAGAUGGGUUUUGUUUGUCAUGUCGAACAUCCCCAUAAGUUCAUAUCAAACUACCUUGCCACACUUGAGACACCUCCAGAGUUGAGGCAAGAAGCUUGGAACUUAGCCAAUGAUAGUCUACGUACUACACUGUGUGUAAGAUUCAAAAGCGAGAUUGUGGCUUGUGGGGUCGUUUAUGCUGCGGCUCGUAGAUUUCAAGUACCGCUCCCUGAGAACCCGCCCUGGUGGAGAGCAUUUGAUGCAGAUAAAUCUGGGAUUGAUGAAGUGUGCAGGGUCCUUGCACACCUCUACAGCCUUCCAAAGGCUCAGUACAUAUCAGUCUGCAAGGAUGGGAAGUCGUUUACAUUUUCGAUUAGAUAUGGGGAUUCUCAAGCUCAGCCCACUACAAAGGACGUUUCCCAGCGCAGCCCCUCUGUUAAUGAUGUUGGUGGUGAUUCCAAGGUUACUCCAGGAUCAGGUAAUACUGAUUCAAAGGGCAGUGGAACAUCAGCAGUUCCUCCUCCAGAAAAGUCUACAGAUGCUAGGAAGAAUGACAAUGAGACGAAGAAUAAUGCGCCGAUUGAAGGAGAGAGAAGAGAGGAAGCUACCAGAAAAUCCAAGCCUGACGAAAAGAGUAAAGAUGGGGAGAGAGACCGAGACAGAGAUAGAGACAGAGACAAGGACAGAGAGAGGGACAGAGAUAGAGCAAAGGAACGGGAUCGAGAUCGAGGAGACAGGGACAGGGACAGAGAGAGGGAAAGGAUUCGGUCCCGUGAUCAUCAUCGCUCUAGAGAGAGACCAAAGGAUUCAGGGGGGCAUUCAGAUAAAUCAAGACAUCAUUCGUCCCGGGGUGAUCGUGAAUAUCAUGGAUCGCACUCAACAAAAGACAAGGACCGUCAUAGACACCAUUAGCGUGCUUGAGAGAGAGGGCCAUCCAUAUCUUUCCAUCUUCAAUGUGAGAAUCUCGAAUCUGCUUUGCUUAUUAUGCACCGUGUUUCCUUUUUCCGCAGCGGCCCACAGUCCAUGCAAGUCAUUGACUUGACCCUCUUUCAUAUGGAACCAAAGCACAAGCAAAAUAUAUUUAUGGGAUUUAAUUUCUUGUCCAAACUUAGCACUUGAUGGAUGUGUUCUUCAUUUGUCGGAAACUGUACAAGAGAAAUUGAAACAUACCGAUAUUCCUUUAAAUAUUAUCUGCGGAAUUUGGUAGAAAUAUUUUCA